AUGGGGGGUGAGGUAAUACUAGUUGCCGUUGAUGCCAGUAUAGAAAUAAGCAAUGAUUAUGCACUGAACUGGGCAUUACAAAAUGUUAUUAAGGCUGAAGACAUCUUAAUACUGCUUGCUGUUCUUCCUUCCUGUGGAAGUCCUACACCAACUUUAUCCCAAAGGCUUCAUUCUCUAUCAUGUUAUUUUCUUGCUUGCGGUUCGGGGCACAUUGAAGGGAGAAGAACUUUUGAUCAAGUUGGCCAAAGUAAAAGGGUUAUCUCCCGCAAAAUAAACUAUGUAUAUGCCAAUAAGAUGCAGAAGUUAUGGUUAGCCAACAAUCUGAUGCAGGUGCAUUUCGAAGUGAAAGUUAUUGUUGAUGCUGGCCUUGGCUCAGUAGCCACAAAAGCCAAAGAACUGAAAGCUUCGUGGGUGAUACUUGAUAGAUUCCUGAAUAAGGAAGUUGCUCAGUGCAUAAAACAGCUGAACUGCAAUGUUGUACUCAUGGAUCAUGCUAUUCCUAGAAUCCUUAAAACGGUAAACCCAUUGGCAGGAGAAAACUUAAAUACGGGUAGGAGCCAAAGUAAGGCAACAGAAACAGACAUGAUUCAUGUGAUUCCUAAUAUCUUGGAUUACGGAAGUGCAACAACUCCAAGCACUUCUGAUAUUAGAAGUUCCACUUUGGGAACUAAUUCUUUCUCGUUGCCCAGUACAGAAAAAGAAUACCACCGCAAAACCAACCCUUGCACUAUCAAUGAUUCUCAUUCUUUUCUUCAUCUAAACUCCGAAUACUUCAGUGAAGAUUUUAAGUACCUGGAAGACAACCCUUCACCUUUAGAUAACAAAUACGUUCAUUUAAAUAAGAUUUUGAGUGGCGGUAUUGAUGAAUUGAAUCACAAAUCAGCCACUAGUCCCCUUCAGGAAGAAGCAGAGAACUGCAAUGACAUUUUAAGGACUAAAAUCUCUGAGAGAAAGCAUAAUUUUGAAAGAACAGACAUUUUAACUAGAAGAUUAACGGACUCACCAGGCAAAUGGCAUGGACCAAAUAGCACAAUUCAGCCAAAAAGAUCAACCACUAGAAGAGACUCCAUGACUUCUUACAAGCAUGAAUCAUUGUCUUCCCUUUCUUUUGCUACAUCUGACAGCAACUCAAUGGCCAUGUCACUUUCCAUAAAAAAUCAUUCAGCUCUUUGCUCCAUCUGCAAACAUAAGAUCCCUAUUUUCAGAAGUGUGCCAAGGAGGUUUACCUACAGAGAGAUAGAAAAUGCAACAGGUCGAUUCUCAGACAGUUACAUGAUGGCAGAUGGUGGGUAUAGUUGCGUGUAUAGAGGGGAAUUGCCAGAUGGACAGGUCAUUGCAGUGAAGCAGUACAAGAAACUCAAGUCAUUUUCAGCAUCAGAAUUCUGUUUAGAAGUUGAAAAACUUAGCUGUGCUCAGCACAGGAAUCUGCUUAUUUUAAUGGGCUAUUGCAUCGACACGGAAUGGCUUCUAAUAUACGAAUUUGCUUGCAAUGGUUCUUUAGACAAGCACCUAUACGGAACAGAAACAAACCAGGUGAUGGCUUGGCAUGAUAGAAUGAAAGUUGCGGUAGGCACUGCAAGAGGCUUGAGAUACCUCCAUGAAGAUUGCCGAGCAGGUUGCAUUGUACAUGGAGACUUAAGACCGAGUAACAUUCUCCUCACUCAUGACUUUGAGCCCAUGAUUGGAGAUUUUGGUCUUGCAAGAUGGCAAAUUAAUCCGCAAUUAGCUAAGGAGAGUACACAUCUAAUUGGUACAGUUGGUUACUUGUCUCCUGAAUACAUACAAACCGGCCAAGUCUCAGAGAAAGUUGAUGUCUAUGCAUUUGGAGUUAUUUUGUUGGAGCUUCUAAGUGGCUUUAACGCCAGAGAGUUCUCAGGAAAAACAGGCAAACAAUCGCUAUCAGAAUGGAGUAAUACCAUGCUUGAGAAGAAUAAACCAAAUGAGUUAAUAGAUUCUAGAUUGAAUAAUAACUAUGUGGAAAAAGAAGCAGAGUCCAUGAUGCAUGCAGCUUAUUUAUGCGUUUCACCUCAUCCAGCACAACGACCAAGAAUGUCCCAGGUAUUGAAAAUACUAGAAGGAGAUAUACCCAUUGACGGUGCUUCCAUGUAUCGAAGUUCUAAAAUAUCUGACAAUGGAUCAGUUGGAUCAAUCAAACGUACAAAGGAUCAUAGAAAGCUUAGUCAAAGUAAUAAGACAAAUUUGCACGAAUGGGAGAGAUGCGCAACGAUUCCAGCGUUUGGCAACUGGGAUUUCGCCAAUGAGCUCCCAAUCACUCGCUAUUUCGAGUGUGCCAGACACACCGGUUUACCCCGUUACAGUUCUUCCUCAGCCGAAAUUGCUUGUGCCAAUCAUCAUCGUCAUCACCUUCCACUACGUAAUCAUCAUAAACAGGAGAAGAGGAACAAGGAAAGACGGUGCCAGCAUGUUAAUGAUAGCAAAGGAAAUGCUUACGACGUAAGGGAACAUACCAAGAAGCCAAUUAGAGUGAGCAAGCAGCAGCAACAAAACGACACCGUUGCACCACUUCCCAAACCAGUAGUUGACGAAGAUCUCUAUAAGAUCCCUCCUGAACUCCUCCACGCAGCCAACAAAAGGAAGAAAAUGCUGGGUUUCAUUUCCAAGUGUCUUGUGUGUGAUGAGCAAUGCUAA